GACGACAAUCUAUGCCACAGAGUCAAGCCGGAGAGGACGGCACGUCUCACGUAGCAUGGAGGAGAUCUUCAGAUGAAAGUACCUGGAGGAGGCCUCGUCGUGCAGCUCGUCCGAACAGCUGUAUUGAAGGCAGAUUGAAGGAUGAGUGGUUCCAAACACUUAGCGAUCUGCAAGCUUUUCCCAUUAAACCGCAGCUACCUCCUUACAGCCAGAAGAACUACACACUCCGGAGUAUAAGCCCUAGUUUAGUGGCAAGUUCUCAGAGCAGUCUGGAGUCUCUAUAUUCUGAACCGGAGAGCAAAGAAAGGGUUCAAAUUAAGACAGGACCGAGCACAGAGAGAGCCAAGGUGUGCUGCCUCGCUCCAGUUCGGAUUGGAUGGCUGCCCUUACAGAGACACAUGGUGAUUAAAGAGAGGCCAAAUAAUGCGCCUCAACAGGACGGUAAUGUCUGCAAGGUGAAGCUGAAGCCACCCAUCACCCCUGUAUUAAGCUGCACUUCUGUCAAAGAAAAUGGAGGAGGGCAGAUUGCCGGAUUUGGGGUCAGGAGAAUGUCUGGUGCCAUCUCUCUAAAGGCUGAUGGUAAAAGACAGACCACUCUAGCAGAAAGAGAUCAGGACACAGCACUUGUUCGGGCCACCAACAUGCAGAACAAAUCUCGUGACGGAUUCUUGUGGCAAACCCCAGUGCACAGGAGAGGAAGUGUUUCCCAAGUGUCUCACAACACAGCACCCCCUGUGGGUUGCAGAAUGUCACCCAAACCCAGCCGCUCUAUAUCCUCAAUCACGAUCACCUCCAGGAAAGUCACCCGUUCCUCAAGUCUGCCUAAUACCAGCAUACCUGGUCUGGAGAGAGACAUGGAAUCCAGUCCUAUUUCAGCCCAAAACAAUGACAUCACUGAGCCAGAUUUCACAAACCUUUUAUGCUCACCAGGAGUCAAUCCAGACAGGAAAGCACUUGUGGUCAAAAUCACUCAGCAAAGGGAAAAGGCUAAUAGGUUUUUGCAACCAGGUGCAAAAUUUGGCCCAGUCUAUAGUUUCCUUUCAAGUGGGACUAGUGGAGAAGAUAAUUUCUCACGCUUUUACGCUAAAAAGAGCUCAGAUCUUGUUGAUUCUAAUCUUUCCAGCAUGAAGAAUUACCCUUCGCCAACAUGUUUAAAUGUGACUGGUGGAGAUAUCCGUAUACCAGAAAUGUCUAAAAUGACCAACAUUGAAAGCCACUUUAAGGUGUCUUCUUACCCAUCCAGUCAAGAAACACAGAUGCCAAGGGAGCUCAGAAAAGAAGACACCAUUACCAAUGAGCAAAAGCAUAAAGAUACCCUCUGCAGAGAGGAGGAGGACCACAGAAGGAAAGUGGCCAACAGACACAGCUGCAAUGGCCUUAAAGUCACUGAUCUGAAACCACAAUUUGGCAAAGAAUGCAUGCUUUCUGGAUCUGAGAUGCAAAUAGGUAGCAAGACCAAACUAUUCAAAUCCACAAUGUCCCUCCAGCUGACAUCGUCCAAUGAACCUCGGCUGCGUGACCCACGCCCUUCAAGAUGUCCCCCACCCCAGAGGCCUUCUAGUUGUUAUGGUCGACUAUUUAGCCCUGUCGAGCCAAGUGCAGAUAGUGUACAAGAUGUUGCAGAUCACAGCACCAUUUCUUUGCUUUCCCACGAGACAAAUAUUGACCCAGCAUGCUCUGCUGCAAGCAGCUUAAACAGGUGUUGGAACACUGAAGGAGGAGCAGGGAGCCAUCACAAGACAGAGACUUCUCCAAGGACAGGGAGCUCUGCUUCGGAUAAAGGGCAGAGCAAGAUCGAGUCUCUUCUCCAGAGGAACCAGCCUUUGACUCUCAUCAAAGUCCCAGAAAUCUCAACCCAUGAGACCCAUGAUGCUAUAGUGGCCCUGAAUGCAGCUGCCAUUAUAUCCAGUAUAAAGCUGCAGAGUGAACAGAAGAAGAAAACCCAGACCAACGGCAACACUAUCGGCAAGAGAGACUCUCCAUUCCUGAGCAAAACUGCAGGGGCCAGAGCUGAUAAAGCAGAUAUGGCAGCGCAGAAUGUAACAGAUUCCUGUCCUGUGGAGACUGAGACAGCAGCUCAUAUUAAGCCCCGGCAUGCAGAGUUUGCUCCAUUUGAGACCGCUGACGACUUAUUAUCACAAUCUCACCCACUCAAUAAUGCGCUGGUGCAUCAGAGGUCAGAUUUGAUCAGGCAAACUCAGGCACAGAAGAGACAACCCCUGAUCAAAACACACACAGCAGCAGCACUAUCACCAACAUCUGCUCAGGGACAGAGAGAAACUUUUGGAUCUGGAUCUAACUAAAGGGGAAGAGCGGAACAGUAGGAGAGAGGGUAAUGAUCUCGUUUUGCCGCUGCCUGUCCAGUGUGUGCCAACUCCCUGAAGACUCUGCCUCACCCUCACACACUGCGAACACAACGUCUCCAACAACACAGUGCAUUUUGUUAAUUAAAAUACUCUGCAUUUAUCAAAUGACUUCAAAUUACUGAAACUAACCUUGCUCAAUGUAGGAGCAGGAAAUUUACUAAAGUGUGCCAGACAUUUUACAGGAAAAAUAUGUCUUAAAAUAUAAAAAGUUAGAAAUAAUUAACAUGAAAAUAUUGAAAGUUUGAAACAUAAAUUAAAAUAUUAAAUAUAACUAAUUUACUAAGAGCUUAAAAAGAAUCAGUUGACUUUUAAACUGUGGCUUCGAGCUUUGUUAUACAGUACAUCACUAUCAUGAAGUCUGAUAUAACCUUUAAAGAACAGGAAUUUAAAAAGUGUUUAAGGAUUCUAGCAAAUUGCUGGUGUCAUUAUAUGAAAUACACACAGUGACAUUUAUCACUGCAGGCUUUUAUGAGUUUUUGCCAAAUCAGCUGUCCAUGGUGCAGUCAUGAUAUUAUAAUGAUUUAAUAUUUAAUCACUCCUAAAUGUUAAAGCAAUUGACCUUAUCUGCGUCUAGACUAGUGCGUUGCCUGCCUGCGAUUAGAGCAAAUGAAGGCUUUGAUGUUAUAGCACCUAUUUGCAUUCGAGCUUUAUUUCAAACCCAGGGUCAAACUGAAGUGGACCGAAGGGCAUCGCUGCCAUCUUGAGCCAACAGCCAUGUGGUAAGUGUAGAAGAAUUCAGACGGGAUUCCCCUCGGACAUGAAAGACCUUUGUGUUUUCAAGCGUGAUCACAUGACACAGCUCCAGAAGAAGAUGCCUAAAGAUUCCAGUGAUAAGUUUAAAUCUUAUGAUCUGGGUUAAGGUCACAGAUUCAGUAGGCUGUUGCUUGAUGGGAAAAUUUAUACAAACUUUCUUUCCUUCCUAAGUUUUUUUUUUCAUGUAAACAACAAUUUGUUGCGGCUGUGUCACAAAUGCUACAUAAGCAAAAUGAGGUUCAAAAAAAUAUGUUCUUAUUUUGCAAUUCUCUCUCUUUUAAAAACCACAGUUCUUAGAACAGACCGCUGGCUUUUGGAACAACUAAUUUCAGGGUGCAUGAAUAGGCUUUGCGUUCACACACAAUGCACAUGUUGUGUUGUUGGGUUUCAGAUUUGACACACUGGUCAUGUAUGCGCAAUGACUCAGCACUGAAAAUACACAAUAGAAGAAGAGAAGAUGUUA